AUGGACUGGCAGCAGCCGACUCAGGGCCAAUCACUAUGGACUGGCAGCAGCCGACUCAGGGCCAAUCACUAUAGACUGGCAGCAGCCGACUCAGGGCCAAUCACUAUGGACUGGCAGCAGCCGACUCAGGGCCAAUCACUAUGGACUGGCAGCAGCCGACUCAGACCUAUUGCACCACGCACACGUAGACCCUCGCAGAUAUUCCCACGCCUAGAGCCAGGAGUAGGAGGGGGCCUGGUAGGGGCCCUGGUAGGGGGCCUGCUAGGGGGCCUGCUAGGGGGCCUGCUAGGGGGCCUGCUAGGGGGCCUGGUAGGGGGCCUGGUAGGGGGCCUGCUAGGGGGCCUGGUAGGGGGCCUGGUAGGGGCCCUGGUAGGGGCCCUGGUAGGGGGCCUGGUAGGGGGCCUGGUAGGGGGCCUGCUAGGGGGCCUGGUAGGGAGGCUGGUAGGGGGCCUGGUAGGGGGCCUGGUAGGGGGCCUGGUAGGGGCCCUGGUAGGGGGCCUGGUAGGGGGCCUGGUAGGGGGCCUGCUAGGGGGCCUGGUAGGGGGCCUGGUAGGGGGCCUGCUAGGGGGCCUGCUAGGGGGCCUGCUAGGGGGCCUGGUAGGGGGCCUGGUAGGGGGCCUGCUAGGGGGCCUGGUAGGGGCCCUGCUAGGGGGCCUGCUAGGGGGCCUGCUAGGGGGCCUGGUAGGGGGCCUGGUAGGGGGCCUGGUAGGGGGCCUGGUAGGGGCCCUGGUAGGGGGCCUGGUAGGGGGCCUGGUAGGGGGCCUGGUAGGGAGGCUGGUAGGGAGGCUGGUAGGGGGCCUGGUAGGGGGCCUGCUAGGGGGCCUGCUAGGGGGCCUGGUAGGGGGCCUGCUAGGGGGCCUGGUAGGGGGCCUGGUAGGGGCCCUGCUAGGGGGCCUGGUAGGGGGCCUGCUAGGGGGCCUGGUAGGGGCCCUGCUAGGGGGCCUGCUAGGGGGCCUGGUAGGGGGCCUGGUAGGGGGCCUGGUAGGGGCCCUGGUAGGGGGCCUGCUAGGGACCUGCUAG